UAGGAGUCAGCAGGAAGCAGCCAUGGGGAGAGGAACUAGCAGCUCCAUCUACUACCUGCUCUGGGUGAGCGUCAUCAUUUGCUCGACGGAGGACACGUGCCCAGAUGUGAAGCUUAUUGGAGUCGGAUCAGAGAAGAUGGCAAUUUUAAGGGGGUGUCCUGGGACUCAAGGUGCACCAGGACAUCCCGGGAUGGCAGGACCCACUGGGCCAAAAGGAGACAGAGGAGAUAAGGGCUCACCGGGAACUCCUGGGAAGGCUGGACCUGCAGGAGUAAAAGGAGAUAAAGGAGAUGCAGGAGUUCUCGCCCAGGGAACCGCACAGAACUGCAAGCAACUUCUGGACCAGGGACUAGGUCUUACUGGCUGGUAUACAGUUUACCCACCAGAUGGCGCUCCUCUCCCAGUGAUGUGCGACAUGGAAACUGAUGGAGGAGGAUGGCUGGUGUUCCAGAGGCGGGUGGAUGGUUCUGUGGAUUUCUAUAGGGACUGGAACACCUACAAGAAGGGAUUUGGACAUCAAGGCGGUGAAUUCUGGCUGGGGAACGAUAACAUUCACCGUCUCACGUCUUCAGGAACGUUCCAGUUGCGCAUCGAUCUCUCCGAUUUUGAAGGCAGCCACGUUUACGCCUUGUACAGCAAUUUCCGCAUUGCAGGGGAGCACCAGAACUACACGCUGAGUGACAUCCGCUUUGUAGCAGGAAGUGCAGGUGACUCAUUUUCCCAGCACAAAAAUUCCCAAUUUUCCACCAUAGACCGGGACAAUGAUGGAGCCAAACAUAGCUGCGCCCUAUCGCACAAGGGAGGCUGGUGGUAUUCAGCUUGCCAUAGAUCUAACCUAAACGGCCUCUACCUGAGGGGCAAUCACAGCAGCUAUGCCAAUGGAAUGAACUGGCACUCCGGCCUUGGGUAUAAAUACUCAUACAAGGUUUCAGAAAUGAGAAUUCGGCCACAAUCCUGAGAAAAGAUUAAAAAACUAAACUGUAGACAAAGAGCGACACUUAGCCCGCUAUGUAACAACCUCAUAACACAAGGUAUAAAAAGUUUUUUUAUAUCUACUAUUGUGUUGAUGUUCUCCUGAUAAACAUUUCUGUUUGUAUUGGUCAUUUCAAAAUUAAAUAUAUAUAUAUAUAUA